AAAAGAAAACUGGUUUUACUUCCGGUUCAAAGCUCAGGGUUAGCGCAGUUAGCCAGUAAGAAAUUGGUGUUAACGUUACUUCGUCACAUUACUGACUGUUUACUGAACAUAAAAAGUAAGUUCGCUUGAUAACAAGCCUAUAACAUUAUUUGAGUGAUUACAUCUUAAUUUUCUAAAAAUGUCCGCUGAAGAAGCGGAGAAAACAACGACCGCUACGACUGAUGUGAGCGCCGGGGACGAGGAGGAGGAAUGGCUGUACGGAGAUGAAAACGAGAACAACAAGGAGGAGGAAGAUGAAGAGGAGGCGAAGCUGUCCGCCGCUGUCAGUGCCCCGGUCCCGCUUCCAGUGACGGAGGAAGCCACGGGAAACGGCGUUGCCAAGCAGGACACGGCCGAGGAGAAUGAGGACAGUGAGAGUGACAGUGAUGAUGAUGAAGAUGAUGUACGUGUCACAAUUGGAGAUAUUAAGACUGGAGCACCACAGUAUGCGGCGUAUGGAGCAACACCUGUCAACCUGAAUAUAAAGACAGCGGGAAGAGCUUAUGGAUCAGUGGGCUCCAAGCUGAAGGGGGUGGAUCUGGAGGCUCCAGGGAGCAUCAAUGGGGUCCCUGUGCUAGAGGUGGACCUGGACUCCUUUGAGGAAAAACCCUGGAGGAAACCAGGUGCUGAUCUCUCGGACUACUUUAACUACGGCUUUAACGAGGACACGUGGAAGAGCUACUGUGAGAAGCAGAAGCGUCUGCGGAUGGGGUUAGAGGUCAUCACCGUCACCUCGGUCGCCAGCAAAAUAACCGUUCAGCAGGGCCGAACCGGGAACAGUGAAAAGGACAUUAGCUUACCCCCCCACCAGCCCAAACCGGACUUCCCCUCUCCAAGCAACCUCUACAAAUCUACACUGUCCACAUCCCGGAUUUCCCCCCCUCAGUGGGCUGCUGGGGGUGCUCCUGCUCAGGACAUGUCUUUCUAUACGAAGGUGACUGGCUCCAUUGAUGUAAUUGGGGGACAAACAGCCACCAUCAGUCGUGUGGAGGGACGACGGCGUCAUAACAUUGAAGGGAACAACAUCCAGGUCAUAUCAGAGCACUCCUCUUCAGAUGCUGAGACUCCUGCUAAGAUGCCACCUUUCUUCCCCCCGGGGCCCCUCCCCCCCAACAUCCCCCCCCCCCCUUUCCUGCCCCCACCCCCCAAUGUCAGCUCCGCACCUCCUCUCAUCCCACCACCAAGGAUACCCAUCACUGUGCCCCCACCAGGUUUCCCCCCUCCUCCUGGUGGACCCCCUCCCUCUCUCAUCCCCACUUUGGACAGUGGGCAUCCUGGGGGGUACGAUGGCCGUGCUGUCCCGCCAUACCCCUUCUCCACUGGUGGCUACCCACCUCCAAUGACGGGGACGGUGUCCUCCUGGCCCAGUUUGAUGGACACCUCCAAGUCCUGGGAUUACUACCCCCGGCGCGAAAAAGAGCGUGAGCGGGAGAAGGAGCGGGAGCGGGAGCGACCUCGAGAGCGGGGUCACGACCGCGAGAGAGAGAGAGACCACAGCCCUGCUCCUCUGGCUUAUAACAGUGAUGAGGAGCGGUAUCGGUAUCGGGAGUAUGCAGAGCGGGAGAGGAGCUAUCGUGCCAGCAGGGAGAAGGAGGAGCGUCACCGAGAGAGGAGACACCGAGACAAAGAGGAGAGACACAAGUCCUCACGCAGCAGCAGCAGCAGGAGGAGGCAUGACAGUGAGGAGGGCGACGCCCACAGGCGACACAAGCACAAGAAGAGCAAGAGGAGCAAGGAGGGCAAGGAGGCCAGCGAGGACCACGCAGCCAAUCAGGAGAGUGCAGAGGGCGGGGCCAUGGAGUGACCCCUCCCACCUCACCCCAGCCAGUGACGCUCUAGAUGUUAAUUUGUUCAAUAAAAAAAGCUUUUUGAUAAAGA